CAGGCCAGUCAGUGUGAUGUAGAGAUCAGAACGAGAAACACGACCACGCCGACGGACGACGACAACGACGGUUCAAGCCAGACAGUUGAAAGCUGCCAACAAGAGCAUCCCAACCACUGCUGCUGCUUCUGCUGCUAUCAUCCUAAUUUUACGUGUGUGCUAGUGUGUAUUUGUGCCAAGAACGACGGAAUAGAACGGAAAAUCCGUCUCUCUUCUAGAAUACGCGCCGUAAAGCAUUUUCCUUUCGGGUUUCCACACAUGAAAGAAGCGUCUCAGACAGGAUAAAUUCGCCUCCCGUUCGUCCCGUGUCUAGCGCGUGUAGUUCAGUGCAGGAGAAAAUCGAUUCAGUUCAAAGGUGCCGACGGUGAAAAAAAGCAGAGGACGCAAAAGGAGUUUUCCCCGUUCUUUUUAGAGGAAAAUCUCAGUAGACUGCGACUUCGGCUUGGCUUGGCUUGGCAUACUUGAUAGUUGGGUGUCUAAUUUUAAAAGCAGAUAAUUUUCCUCGUUACUACAUGUAGUGCAAGUGUAUCCAAGCAAGCGUCGUGGUCGUCGGUCACAGUGAACCACCGGGCGGGUGAAAAAUUAAAAAUAAAUAACGACAAAAAAUCGAUCCCCACAGGAAGUGUCAUGACCAGUGCGAAAAAGGAUGGAAGGAAAGGAAUGGCCAUCGCCGUGUGAAUAUUGUCUCCUCUAUGCGUGACACCGCCGGAGGGAAGAAACGAAAAGCAAAGCUCUCUGAAAAGUGAAAAAAGGAGGGGCAAUAGCAAUUUCUCUGUGAUUCUUAGUUUAAAAAUACGAAAAAUUCAGAUAGCGUGACGACACAUACGACAACAGUAGCACAAAAGCAAGAAAAAAGUGAGUGAUUUUUUGCUGCCUCUCAUCAUUAUCAUCGGCCGAGUAAAGUGACAGUGAAAUUCACACCAAAAGCAAGGAAACAACACAUAAACCCACUGCUGUGAUCACCACCAUCCUAGUCAUCAAUCCAAGGCAGCCAUGACGACCCAGCAGCCCGCUAGCAUGGCCGCGUCCAGCGCGGCAAACACCCAGCGUAUGGGCUCGAUAGUGCUUAAAAGCCUGUCGAUCCUGCUAGGGCUGUUCUUCAUCUUUAUCGGGCUGAUGAAACUUACGCCACACAUCAGCAAGGACCUGCAUAGGGAUUUGCGAAAGAAUUACGUCAAAUAUGCCAAAGUGUUUCCGUUCUCCACGUUGUUCGACUUCAAGCUGCCCUCCAAGUGGUACCGCCGGUCCGUUGGCGGGCUGGAGGUGCUGUGCGGCCUCGCCAUGGUGCUCAUUCCGAAUCAUAAAAUCAAAAAUGCAGCCAACAUGACGCUCCUGAUGCUCAUGUUUCUGGCCGUCUACUCGCACUACAUGGUGAGUGAUCCUUUCGAGCGCUGUGGGCCAGCCCUAGUGUUCACAUUCAUGCUUAUCGGACGGCUAGUGAUAUGGUACCAGGCCAGCCGACGGGAAGCCCUCAACGCAGCCGACAAGGCCACCAACAAUGGCGUCAAGCAGGACUAAACAACGUAACGUUUGCAGUCUAUGAUCUCAUCGAUUAAGAAAUCAAAUGGAAAAUCAUCUUUAGGUUAUUUCACUGGCCAACGCAGGGCAAUUGCAUCACGAAACGAGAUCGCGUGGUUGAUGUUUCUCAUGUCUAAGUCCCUCACAAUCACACUCUAAAUAUCCUUGGACAAGAGGAUAAGAAAACUCCAAUGAAGAGACAAAUCAACAUCUUCAUUCUUUUCUGUUUAUCAUACGACCAGAGCAGAGCUGGAAUCUCAAUCUGCUGCGUACCCUUAAAAAUAUCUGUCAAAAAAGUAUUUCGCGAAAUGCCAAUUUCUGUUCCCUUCGAAUUCGAAUCAAUCAUCAAAGUGGCGAUAACGAUACUACCCCAAAACCCAUAAACCACUUGAGAGAACAUAGAAAGAGACUAUUUCUGGGAAGAAAUAACAACUAAUAAUACUUGUUUACAUAGUUAAAUGUGUUCAUUUUUAGUCAAACGCAAGACUCGUCACGAGAACCAUCUCUAGUCAGUUGUAAAAUUUCUUUGUAAUCGAAGCAAGCUAUGGAAACCAUGGCACCUAACGUUUCUCAAUCUUAUUCUUAUCUAUUUUGAAGAUAAGCUUAAAAGACUUCAGCGAAAAUGCGUUUUUGAUUGAAUAGUAGUUCGUAACAUCACUAAAUGGAACACACACACACAAGCAAAACCAUGAAAAUACAUUGGGCACACACAAACAUUUGUUUCACAUAGCUAAGUAAGAUCGUAACUUGAUAAAAAUGCAAGAACAUUAAGAAAAACCAUUACGAAACAUGAAAUACUUUAUUGGAAACAACUACUGUAUUACAGCAAAGAAUAUUAUUACUGCGAAUAAACAGCACAAAAUCUCUACUUUGAAAGGUGACUGUGAACACACUUUUUCCAGCAAUGAAAAACGAAAGGUAUCAAGUAAAUUUUAAUCAACUUAAAAAGUUAAGAAAAGAAGAGCAAAAAAGACAAAAACUUAAUGCACGAAAUGUGAACGUUGUGAGAGAAAAAAAAGCACUUUUAAACCAUUAUUGAUACAAACAAAGCAACAUAAGUUGUCUAAAAAGAGAACCAAAAACACACACACAACAGUCGCAGUAUAUUACAACAUACGCAAAUACAAAAACAGUAGAAUCAGAGAGGAAAUAUUAAUAAACAGUGAACAUCUAGCAACAACUAUUAUCAGAUGCGCGAAAUAAUGCAACCAAUAGAACAGAUAAAUAAACAGAAAAAGAAGAAAAACAAAACUAAGUUCCCACAGAAAAAAAAAUAUACGAGAAAAAACAACAAAAAUAAAGAAAAAUCGAUAUCGAAA